CCCAAACAUUUCCCUGGGAUCUAUAUACAAGUGACUGAAGCAAUGAAGAGUUUAGAACAUUUAAACGACAAUAUGUCAGACUCAGAUUCUGAUGUGCCUGCUCUGGUUCCUUCGUCUGAUGAAGAGGAUGAUGUGAAAGUGAUUAAAACUAAUGAUGAAUGUGUGGACAUAUGGUUAUCAAAGAAUGUGAAGUUUCUAGAAAAACAAGAACACAACAUCCACAUAUUCUCACUUGGACCAUUCAUAAUGGGAUUGGAAACAUUUAUAUCAAAGCCAUGGAUGUUCUGCCUUAAUGAUGCUAAACUAUUAACUGACAAAGUGUACAGAGAGAAAACUGAAUAUUCCAAGUUAACUGAAGAUGAAUGGGCAAAUCUAGAUAUACUUGAUGUUGUUACAAAACUAGUUGUCAAGAAGAUGCGCAGGAGGAAGUUUUUGGUGAAUACACUGAACAUGAUAGAUAAGAUUGAAGAGUUUAACAGAGGGGAUGGAAUUGAUGUAAAACAUUCAAUACAGACAGCCACACGAUAUGAUCACAUUAUUGACUUUGUGUGGGAUAAAGCCUUAACAUUGCCCCAGUUAAGAGACAAGCAACAAAAAGUAAAAUUUGCAGCAUUGUAUGUCUGUAAAUUGUGCCACACUGUAAUUACAAGUCUUGCUAGAGAAGGAAAAGAUAUUGCUGAAGAUUUCAAAAAAUUAAUUAGGGCAAAGUGUGGUGGUGUUGAAAAAGCUUUGGAUUUUAAAGACCAAGGGAAUAACCAGUAUUCUAAACAAAAAUACAGUGAGGCCAUCAGCUUAUACACUGAUGCUAUUAAAGCAGAUCAAUUUAAUCAUCUGUGUUAUGGAAACCGUGCACAAGCCUAUCAAAAGUUAGAAAACUAUCAAGAAGCAUUGGCAGACGGCAGACGAGCUGUUCUCAUGAAACCAGACUGGAUCAAGGGUUACUACCGUUACUCUCAAGCAUUCUAUCACACUGGAAAAAUUGACAUGGCUAUUGCCAUCAACAAGAAGGGCAUGAGAAUAUGUGAAAAGACAAAAAAUAAUGAUAAAAUGCUGAGUGAACUGAAAGAUCAAGGACAAAAACUUCAGUAUCAGAAGGAUGGUGCUGCCAGUGAUGAAGUCUUACACCAAAUGAUAAAAAAUAACCGUAUGGACGAUAGUGUUCCUGAACAAAUAAGGAAUUUUCCAGGAUGUACUGUUAUAAAUAUAGAAUCUGCCAUGUCACAAUGGAGUCAAAAAAGAUUCAGUCAAGACCCUUCAGUUUUGUUGUCCAGUGAUGACCACGAUUCAAGUGAAGAGGAAUCAGUUGUACCAUACAGUGAAGCAAAGAAGAAAAUAGUUGAAUCGAGGAAGCAAGCCAAAGAUCCAGAAGUGGAGAAAUUACAUCUAAAUAAAACUCAAGGAAAGAAGUCACAGAAAGGACGGAAAGGUAAUCCGACAGGUGAAAAGCAAACUAAACCUGUAGUUACAGAGCCAACACCUGUACCUGUCCAAGAAAAAGUGAAAGAGAAAAUAGUUAUUGUGCAGAAGAAUGAAAACAAGGAGAUAGAGAGGUUUAUGGCUGAAGGAUCUAGUGCUUAUCUAAAUGGUCUAGGGAAGAAAGCUGUGGUCAAUUACCAGAAGGCUUUAGAUCUCCUUAGUAAUAAAAAAGCAGAGGAUUACGGUUUAGACCAGCAAGAUGUGGCUGUUUUAGAAUAUGCAUAUGGUUUAUCAGAAAUAUCCACUGGAAUUUAUAAGCACAUUUUGGAUGGCAUUGAGAGAUUAAAGAAUAUUACAGAGACGCAUAAAGAUAUACGACUACCUUUGCCAUAUUUUGGGUUAGGCAAAGCUUAUAUAACUUUAAACAGAUUUGAAGACGCCAUUGAUCCACUAAAUAGGUGUCUACGUAUGGCUGGUACACUCAAGUUAAAUGUCCUCACCUGGCCAGGGACUGAUACUAAAAUGGAAGAAAGUAUAUCUGAUGAAUUACAGAAACAAGUAAAACAGUUAUUGACAUUGACAAAAUAUCCACCUGUCCCUGAUGCUGUAUGUAAAAUACACACUGACAAGGAAGACUCCAGAGCUCUUAUUUUCUUCUCAGAUCCAGAUUUUAAGGGUUUUGUGAGAAUUGUAUGUUUAACAAGCUGUAUAAUUGAAUUCCACAACCAUUGUUGGAAGGAUUUUAAGUCUAAAUAUGGGGAAAAGACUGGUGAUAAAGAUAUUUUAGAGAAACCCUGUCCAACACCAGAUUGUAUGUCUUGUAUUGUUAAAGUUAUAAUAAUCAAACAAGACAGUUUACAAAAAGAGAUUACAGCUGAUAAGACUGAGCAUGUUGCCUCAAAGCCAAAGAAACCUGUACUUAAAUUGCCACCAUCAAGUCAAGAAAAGAUCGAUAAAAGGAAGGAAAAGAAAGAAAUACGCAAGCAGAGAAAGAGGGAAUCGAAGGAGGAGGAAGCCAAUGAUUUGAUGGAUGAUAUAGAGAGUGUUGGUGCACCACCACCUGUUAAUAAAUGCAGUAUAACAAAUAUUGAAGAUCCAGUUCAUAUUGAUUUAGACCAUGAGAAUGUUUCGGAAAAACUGACACCUGAAGCUGAUGUAACAGUUGUAAAACAGCAAACUCAAGAAUAUAAAGGGAGCAAACCAAAGGCAACAAAGAAAAAAGCAAAGAAGAAGAAGGACAAGGGUAAACAAGUGUUGAAUGUAGAAGUGAACUUUGGUGAUGACAGUGAUAAACAGCUUCUGGGAGAGGAUUAUGUAGAAGAAGAGAAGCUGUCAACACCAGCACCAUCUAUUCCUAAAGAGGAGGAAUUUACCGUGCAACAAAGUAUAAAGAAACAAUUCAUACCAAAGACACUUGCAGUAACACCAGCACUUUUCGACGAAAUUGCAAAGAAUUUGUUUUCAUUUUUUGAGGACUUAUUGCAAGCUCAUGGACCACUUCACAUCAACGAUGCUAAAAUUACAACAAUGUUGGAAGAUUUCCCCCCAGAUGCAAAAGUCAGGAUCGAGACAGCCGGAGGUUUAAAUAAAUUUCUUUUGCAGUCAACAAAAUUUGCAAUGCAUGGUGAAAUUGUUUGCAUGAGAGAAGAUGCUCAUAAGGCUAGUAAGAUAUCUAGACAACAAAGUGAAAGUUUUGCCUCAAAAGCAUCUAAGCUUAAAUCUAAUAGUGAUACUAGUCAAUCUGGUUUACAGAAACAAGAAAAUGUUUGGACAAAUGGGAAAGUUCUGGAAACUAAGGAAUCCAAGCUACAAGACAAUAUACCUAAGGUAGCUUCGGAUCCAGAACUUUCUGUCCUGUCAGGUAUGAAAAGCAAAGUAUCAAAGACAUCAUACAUGGAUACUCUGGAUGAUUUUGAUUAUCCUGAAAUUUCUUUUGAUAAAACUGUUGAAUAUUCCAAAAAGAAUGUGGAAAAAACAGAUGAAAAUGUGAAAAAGAACUCAGAAAAAACCAUCGAAUAUCCAAAAAUUCCUGUUCCAGAAAAAAGUGUUGAAAAACCGCAACCUACUGAACUAUCUGUUGCCAUGGAUAUGGAUGAGUUGGAUGACAUUGACUUAAUUCCUGUUACUCGUAAAAGUAAGAAGAAAAAGAAAAAUAAAUGCAUGGAUGACCUUGAUGAUUUUGAUUGGAGCAUUUCUGAAUCGGACAAUUUCAAAGAAAGUACUGCAUUUUCAGAUGUUGACAGUAUUAGUAGUAAAGAUGAGUUAUCUAAAAUUGUUGGAAGAGAAAAAAUGGACUUGAAUAAACUUGAGCGCAGAAAUGAAAAACAUGAAUUAAAGACUGAAUUUUCAAUGAGCCAAAGUAGUUCAAAAUCUGACCUCAGUGAAAGAAGUGAUUUGUCAGCAGAUCUAAAGGCAGUGAAACAAAAAAUGCCAGAACUGAAACCACCGCCUGUUGCAAAAAGUAUGUGGCCUUCAAGAGAACGAACAUUGAACUCUUCCCCAAAUAACUUUGGGCCAAUUGGUUCUCCUGUGCCUUUAGAAAAAAGUGAAAACAGAGCUGAACAGUCAGAUUCAGUUCCAUCUUAUACAUCAUAUUUAAAUGACAAAAACAGUUCGUUACUGCUUAUGGACACAGCAGUAGCAGCUGAACGUGAAAAAUAUAGGAUUGAUUCAAAAUUAGUACAAGAAUUGACUGAUCAAGUGAUGAAUGAUAUGACGUUUGGGAAAAAUUUAACAGAAACAGAAAGAAAAGACUUGUACAAACAAGUGUCUCAAGAUAUUUGGAAUGAUUUUAAACGUACCAAAAAAACUGAUCAAUGGACACCAAAAACAACUGAAACAGGAUAUGAAUAUACAGUCAACAAAAAAUCUUUUAAUGAGGAAUACAUGAAAAAUUUUUACCAAAAGAAAACUACUGACCCAAAUUUAAAUUCUUUGUCAUUUGCUGUAGUGACUUCAAGCAAUUAUUUGUAUGGGGACACUACGUUUUCAAAUAAUAUUUCCUCCACCAAUUCCGGAUGGCCCACAAGUGUUAAUGAUUCAUUAGGAUAUACAAACUAUCAAACAAAUGUGACUACAACAACAUCAUCUUCUUUUUCACCAUUAACUUCAAAUGUGUCUGCAUUUCCUUCUAUGACUACAACUCCAUCACUGUUUUCACCUUUGACAUCCAAUUCUGGAUUUCAAUCCCCUUUUUCGAUGGCAGAUUCCAAACAAAAUCUCUUUGGUAACUGGUCAAUUGGAAUAUCUGUCACACAGACAACAAGCAGUUUUACGUCUUCUUCUUCUCAGCCUUUGAAUACUUUUCCAGGAAAUUAUACCAGUGAUAGUUCUGUGUUUAGCAACAAUUUUCAUAAAAAAUUCAAUGUGGAUCGUUCAAUUCAAUGUGUUGUUGAAACAUGCACCAUAGCAAUGAAUACUGAUCCUUAUGAACCUUUGAAGGAAGAAUAUCAGCGAAUGAAAAAGGAAUAUGAUUUAUUACAAGGAGACUUGACAAGUGCUUUGACACAGAAACAAGAGCUUGCCUCACAUGUACAGGAGCUGAACAACAGAUUCAAGACUUUAGAAUUGGAAGUGAACAUUCAAAAUGAAGCUAUUGGUAAAGAGCGACAAUCAAUGCAAGAAAAACAUGAUAUGUUGUAUUUGGAGUGGAACCAUCUAAACCAACAGCUUUCCCAGUAUGCUGAAAAUGAAAUAGAAUUAAAAGCUAAACUGUCAAAGAUAGAAGAAGAUAAACAAGAACUUCUCAAUCAGAAAUCAAAAGACAGACUGGAACUAAAGUUUGCAGAAGAUGAUAUCAAGAAAAAACAAGAAGAAUAUAAAAUUUUGUUUGACAGAGAGAAAGACCGGGCAGCCAGAGCAGAGAUUGAGGUUACAACACUUAAAAAGCAGUCUUCUGUAACUAUGUUGGAAAGGUCCAAGAAAGAGGCCAUGUAUCAUGUCCAUCAUUUAAAAGGACUCCAUAAAAAGCACACAGACCAAGGAAAGGAAGUGCCCACACAAAUGAUUCAAGCGUUAAGUUUCUAUGAGACAAUUGUGUCAAAAUGUGCAGAAACUAUACCUAAAAUGAUGAGUGAUUUCGAUGAACAGAUUACGCAGAUUCAAAAUGGAAGAUGCUUAGCAGAACUACCCCAAGUUUUUGUGCCACCACCCCCUCCAGCUUUCCCACCAAACUCUGGGGGACUAGAAACAAAACUUGAAGAAUCUUUAAGCAAGGUAGUGGAAUCUUCACUACCGAAACUGCCCAGCAGUACAUCAGGACUGAGCCCAAUAUCAGUCAAAGGUCCAACUUCCCAGCCAACUGUUUCUUUACCAGUUCAGCCAAAACCACUAGUCCCACCACCAGGACUACAAACACAGUCUCUUAGACAACAGAUACCAAGACUAGCCAAUAACAAAGCUGGUCAAGUAAAUGGUCAAGCUAAAAAUAGCUUUGAGAAAUUGGUUCAGAGACUUACUACGACUUUUCCACAGUACAACAGAGCUAUAUUUACCCAAUUAAUACAACAGCUACGUCAGAAUCGUGGAGGAUCUCUGUCAGGACUUACCAUUGAUGAGAUAACUCAACAAGUUACACUCAUGGUUCAGGCUCAUGAACAGAAACAAAACAAAACUCAGGCUGCUUCUGCUUCUUCUACACCAAAGCCAGCUUUCCCUGGACCAGGACCUGUCAAACCAGUGGCCCCACCACCGGGUCUUAAUACAUCCUGGGGAUUUACUGAAUCUUCAAAUACAUCAUCAUACAAAGGAGAGGAAGUGUUUGAAGAAGAACAAGAUCCUUGUGUCAUCUGUCAUGAAGAAAUGACACCUGAUACAACAGUCAGGCUAGAAUGUCACCACAGGUUUCAUGAUGAGUGUAUAAGGAAAUGGUUAAAAGAGAACAGCACCUGUCCAAACUGUAGAAUCUAUGCUUUGUUGCCAGAUGAAUUUCCCACUUUGAACUAAUACAUGUAUAGUUUAAGAAUAUAAUUUCAAAAAGAUUGUAUGCUGGUGUACUUCUUUACACCAUUUGCUUAAAAUAUUAUUAGUUUGGGACAGUUGAUAUGAAGUUGUAGUUCUUUUUAUGAAUGUUACAAUAAUUUGAGGAAAGCCUUCAUAAUACCUGUACAUGAUUUUAUAUUUUAUUAAAAUCUUUCAGAUUUACAUGUUUAAUUGAUAUGAGAUAUUUAUUUCAAACAAGUGAAAUUAUUGUCUUCAGAAAUAUAUAGCAUUCAUGACCUGUUGACCUCUAGAUGUCAUGUCUUUUGUGGUCCUGUCAUUGUUUUUUUUAAUUAUUUUUAUUAUUACUAUUAUUGGUAUUAUUUGUUUCCUAUAUUAUUUUAAUCUUGUUGUUUAGCCAAUGAACAUAUUCCUUUCACUUGGUCUAUUGUCAGCAGAUUUUUAUCAGUUAGACAGUCUUGAUAAAUGUAUGAAUGCGUAAUGAUUUUAAAAUGGAAAAUCCAACCCAAAAAGUUUUAACAGAAUAUUUAUAAUGUCCAUGGUCAUGAUAGUGAAACUAAACAGCAUAAGUAAUUAUUCAAAACGUUAAAUUGAUCAGUUGAUUAUUAUACAUAAUAAUUGUGGAAAUUAUUUAGUUUAUUUGUAUUUGUUUUAUAAAACUAGAAGAAAACUUGAUCUUCCUGACCUUUUCUUUCCUGUAUUAAAGCAGUUUACAAAUUUAUCUGUUUCUGAAAAAGUUCACAGUCUUUUAGUGUGCAUAGUAAGCAGAUAUUUAUGUACUCCUGUUUUUGUUUAUUGUUUUUUUACGUUAAAGCCUAAUAACUUUAUUUUAUCACUCCUAGUUACGACCAUUUGAAAAAAAAAUGAGAAUAAAUGAAUGCUAACUUAGAAGUAACAACAACAAGAACUGAAAACCUUGUACAGUUAAAUGUCAGAUCAAAAAUUACAAGAAAAAAAUGAGUGUUUUAUUCUUUAUUGAAGAUGUCAUGAGGUUUUCAUUUGUAUGAAUGUUUUGCAUUGUUAAAUACAAAUGAAUUAUACUUGUACUUCAUCUAUUUUAAUCAAGUUUUUACUGACAAAUAAUCAGUCAUGUGAUGUAUCCUUGAAAAUUAAGCAAAAUAGCAUAAUUUUUUUUUUUAAUUUUUGUUCUGAUAAUUUUACUGUUACAUAAAUCAAAUUUCUUGUAAGAAGUUAAGAAAAACAAGUCUACCUUCAAUGUCUAAAGAUUGAAAAAUUGACUUGUGAAAAUUAAAUUUGAUUUUGUAUGGUUUUAUGUUUAGGAAAAUGAACAGUUUUCUACCCAGGUUAAGUGUGGUGACAGGUUUACUUGAUCUAAGAAUCAGUAUCUAUCUGAAUAUGUAUUGCAGUUUCUUGUUACCAGAUAAUUGUCUUUUAGACCUGUUACUUCAUAAUGUUGUGUCCUUGAUUCUAUUGAUGUAUCAAUAGAUUGUUUUUUCAUGUUGUAUAUAAGCAUAAACUAAUUUUACAUACAAUAAUAAGAAAGUUACAUAAAAAGGUACUGAAAUAAUUAUAUAACUGACAACACUAGAGAAUAAAGCAUAUAUCAAACGCUAUUUAACAGUAAAAUAUAAAAACUGUUUUGGAUAUAAUUAUAAAGUAUGUUGAUGUGAACUUCAUAAAUCUUUAUUUAACGAUUUUUAAGAGAGGUCAAAUCAAGCGUUAUUUUAAUUUUGGCCUGCCAAUAACGUAAUAAUAGUUAUUAAGUAUCAAAAUGUUAUCCCUCGUUUAAAUAAACAUAUUUUGUAUACAUGAUAAUAAAGACUGUAAAAAUUA